CAAUGUUUGCUUGCUUCCUGGAACCCUCCUGAUAAGUUUCGGAUCCUGCUGGGUUGCCUGUGGUCUCACCUAAGUCGUGUACAGUUCAAGGCAUGGCUCCAACACUGUUUGACUGUGAUGCAAAGCCAGGGGAUCUGAUAGAAAUCGUUGGAGGGAUCUAUCACCACUGGGCUGUUUUUAUUGGAGGAAAUGAAGUGGUUCAUUUGAUUCCUUCAACUCAUGGUGAAGGUGAUCUGGGCGAGCUGUUCACCUACCUUGACAGCAGUAAAUGUAAAGUCAGGCGUCAGAAGAUCUGGGAAGUGGUUGGGUCCAAAACAUUCCAUGUGAACAACCUACUGGAUGACAAGUAUGAGCCUCAUGACCCCAGCACUAUUGUCAGCGAUGCUGUGAAAAUUGUGGGUGAGGAGCGUCCCUACAAUACUGCCACUCAUAACAGUGAACACUUUGUCACUGAGCUUCGAUAUGGAAAACCAGAAUCACGACAGGUUCAAAAUGCUGCUGUGAUUGGAGGUGUUGCCACAGCUGGUGUAGCAGUUGCAGUUCUGGGUGCUGCCUUGUUCUCUGCCUUCCACAAAAAUAAAAACAAAAAAUAAUCCAUAGAUCCAUGUCGAUUUAUGAGUAAAAGUA